AGAAGCGGGUUUGACGCUGGUGUUGUGUGAUUCUUAGAUAAAGCUAAUAAAUGGUACCUGAAUGGAGCGCUGCUAACUUAACACAUACAGUCGAGUAUAAUUGACAGAGGUCUGUUGAUAGAGCUGGUGUUGUUUGUAAACUCAUUCUCGCUGCUUUGGGCUUUUGGACUGUGAGUCUAUGGAUGUGAUCCGGUGUUUGCGCUCUCUCCUGGACCUCCAUGUUCAGCUGCAGAGAGCUGUAGCUCUUCAGGGGGAAAUCCAGGCACAGUUUCUUGCUCAGCUUUUACAUCCGGAUAAUGCAAACCCACAGCAGCUGCCUCUGCCACAGCUGGACUUGAGCAGGGACGAUCUGGAGCUUUCCCUGUCUGUCUUUGAACGGGCUCUCGAUGACAGUAAACUCCCAAAGAGGCAGUGGGGUUCGAGGGUGGCACAGCUCCUCUGUGUGAAGACAUCAGAUGAGGAUGAUCAUGAGCUGAGUUAUGAAGCUGUAAAGUCAGAUGUGAGGAGGCAGGCAUGUUCCUUGGAGUAUCAGCGGUGGAGGGACUUUAACAAGGUCCAGUAUGAUCCUUACAGAGGGGUGCGGGAGCUAAAAGUCGGGGUGGAGGAAGCAGCAAAGAAGUGGCUCCAGCCUGAAAGGUGCAGCUCUGAGGAAGUGGUGAGAAAAGUGGCCCUGCAGAAAUUCCUCUCUCUUCUCCCACCAGAAGCGAUUGAGAAGACAAGUGAAGAGCAGCCGCAGAACAUGGAGGAGGCUGCCAUCAUGGCGGCAUCCUUCCUGGAAGAUAACAGGGCUGAAUGGAAUAAAGACGGGCAGAGCCAACAUGGUGAUGCUCGUAUUGAUCAUGGUUACUCAAGGGACUAUAUCCGCUCAAAUGAGCUGAAGAAGCUGGACUCGGAACCAGUUUUCCCGGCUGAUAGCCACAGUCUAGAAGUUACUGUUGGAGAUGAGCAUUUUGAAGAGUUUUCUGAAGCUAUGCUUUCCCCAUCAGUGGCUGACAUUAAGCCAGUCCUAAAUACGGAAGACGCACCAUCCAUUAGAAACGAUUCUCAACUUUUGCUUCAUGGACCCUGCUACAGUGGCGAAUCAAUCAAGUCUUCACCAAAGCGAGCUAAUAAGAAUGGGAACAUAACCACAGGAGCAAAAUUUAAACGCAUACUUGAUUGUCCAGACUGCGGUAGCAAGUUCAAGAGGUUUGACUACCUAAGAAAGCACGUAUGUACUCCUGGGCAAAGUCUGGGGUGCCAACACUGUGAUCUGCGCUUCCCUUCCCUCUCCCAGUUAACCAACCACCUACGUGUACAUCGGAAAAUGUUACACUGCCCUGAGUGCAACAAAGCUUUCAGAGACCGCUUCAACCUCCGCUGCCACCAGCGCACACACACAGGUGAACGCCCCCAUAUCUGCUCUGACUGUGGCUCUGCGUUUGCUCAGGAGCGAGGGCUACAGGAGCACCGCAACAUCCACACCGGCGAGAGACCCUUCCAGUGCCCAGUGUGCAGAAAGGGUUUCAGCCACAGCCGCACACUUGCCAAACACAUGGUUGUCCACUCAGAAGCAAGGCCUUACAUGUGCUCCGACUGUGGAAGAGCUUUUAAGAUUAAAGACAACCUGCAUCAGCAUCAGAAGAAAAUGCAUCCCAGCAAAUACUCGUGAACAACCCCUCUAGCUUAACAUGGACUACUGAAUGAGUCGUGCAAUUUACAAGCAAAAGUGGUACAAUAUACAGGUUAUACUGCCAGUGAUGUUGAACACCUCUCUCUUCACAGGUACAGUGAGGGGAAAUAAGUAUUUGGACACUUUGUUAUUUAAUAUACAACCCCAAUUCCAAAAAAGUUGGGACACUCUGUAAAACAUCAGUAAAAUCAGAAUGCGAUAAUUUGCAAAU